GAUUGUGCCCCUAGCGCGUACAAGCAUAAACAGGCCAAAGUCGUCGCCAGAAGUAUUGCGAAGAGGAUCGACCUGGACGCUGACGCCAGGAGUGUCCACGUAUCUUGAACUGGUCGGCUCUAUGGGUGUUGCAGGAUGCCACAGGAGCCUUUCCUGCCCAUCGCGUUUGCGUGCUCUAAGAUCUGGUUGUACGACACACUUGAAGUAGCGGACCGCUCACGAUGGGCACAUAUCCUGAAGCGACGUCACCACGAACGCCACCCGGACCGUGCUUCAAGGUGGAGAAUCUCCAAAUUACAGCGCGACGGCUCCGUGCGACUGCAUCAUACAGAGAAGAAAGGGGUUUAGGUCGACACGAUGAUGGACUACUGGUAGUUUAUGUACGAGCAAACUACGCCUAUAGUCGCCAUGGAGUGAUCCCACGACGUGCGAACCCCAUGGGUAUCGGUCCAGCAAAAUAUGUAUCCAUGAUAAUUCCACAACCUGCGAGA